AUGGCUUCUACCUCGUUGUCUACUUCACACCCACAUCAUAAACAUGCUAAUAGGUUUGACGUGUUUCUAAGCUUCAGGGGUGAAGAUACUCGUCAUACUUUUACCGAUCAUCUCUAUCAUGCAUUACUCCGUGUAGGAGUUCGCACUUUUAGAGACAAUGAUGAAAUUGACAGAGGUCAAGAGCUCAAGCCAGAAAUCAAGACGGCAAUAACCAAAUCCAAGGCUUCUAUAGUUGUAUUAUCUGAGAAUUAUGCGAAUUCCAGGUGGUGCCUGAAUGAGCUUUGGUUGAUCCUGGAGCAAAGGAGGACUUGCAAUCACUACGUUUUACCUAUUUUUUAUUACGUCGAUCCAUCAGAUGUUAGGAACCAAAGAGGAAGGUUCGCUAUAGCCAUAUCAAAGGCGAAUCGUUCUGAUGUGAGGCGUUGGAAGGAUGCGCUAACCAAGGUGGCUAAUUUGACUGGCAUGGUUCAUUCAGGGUAUAUAUGA